AUGACCUACUUUCUGCCUUCGUUUUUCCAGAAGCGUUUGCUCAAAUACGCUCUCUCUCGUCUUGAGUUUAUCGACACCGAAGCUUUAGAUCCCGACAGUCUCGGCAUCCGCUGGGGUCAGCGAAGCACCGUGGAGCUUCGUGAUGUCGCGUUACGACUUGAAAAACUAGCCACGCUUCUACACCUUCCUCCCUCAAGCAAACUGCUAAGUGCCACGGUUCGGUUUCUUCGACUCACCGUUCCCGCGGAUAUCUACAGUAGCGGUAUAAUUUGUGAGGUUAGCGGGAUCGAGGGACAUUUGCGCUUCCCUUCGGAGAAGGAAGUAGCUGCUGCGAGAACUAGCCUCUUCAAAACCUAUGAACCCGGUCACGAGUCUAUCAUUCCGAACCCAGCAGAUCUCGCCGCGUCGUUUCUCCAGACCGAACCGAAGGAAGAGAAAGAGGAACUACAAGCUGCCAUUGCAUCACAGUCUGAAAUACUCCACCGUACUUCAGCAUCCAUCAGUGAUGAUGAGGAAGAACUUGGUCUCGGUGAUGAAACGGUAUCGCUACCUAGCUUUGUCGCUGCGUUUCUGAAGGGAGUUGCAGAUCGCCUGCAGGUUCAGGUUAGCGAUAUCUCUUUACGGCUUGACGUGGAAACAAAACAAGAAGGCUCGUCUAAGCGCCAACCUGAGGAUAAGCCCGAUUUGAUUUCAGGCCUUCUGAGCAUUCGUCAAAUCGGUGUUGGUGCGGUAGCUACGGCCUCCAACUCAGAUGAGCCUUCCCUGCACAUUGGGAAACGACCGGUUUCUCUCUACGGUAUAGAGCUCGCGCUGGUCUCCGAGCCUAUAGUCUUCUCAAAUUAUUCCCGCUUCGCUGUGCCUGAAUCUCCCUCUAUUCCCAUGCGUUCGAAAUUGAGCCAGUCAUCCAGCUCAGCCUCGUCAGUCCCACCAGCACCGUCCUCAGUCUCAAGCUCGAACCAUGCCAUGUUGGCCUCAACAAUCUUCGAGCCUUCCCACCAUACUCUUGGUGUCGCUCAAGAUGAGCCUGAUGCGACGGGGCUUGAAGGAUCAACAUAUACCUAUGACGGUAGGUUCUCCGAUGCCGAUACGGAGGAGAAUAGAAGCUACGGAUACCUUGAAGAGUCGCAAAAUCUUACGGAAGAGGAACGCCUGCUGGACAACCCCGCAUAUCUCGAUUCCGUGAUUGAUUCUCAUCUCAAAGACGAUGACCUGGAAGGUCUUGCUGACAUUCCGCCUGAUACUUUCAACCAAUCCGAUAUUGAUAGGAGUACACCGCAGCUACAAAGUCCGAACCUGCAAAAUUCAGGUUUGCAAGCGUCAGAUUUGCAAGCUGCGGGGCUGGAAGCCUCAGGUUCAGAUGACACAUGCCCGAGAUCUGGAGACAUUUCGGCGGCCUCGGCGCCCAACGUACGAAACAUCGAGAGACCGCUUGACACCCAUUACCUUUCCAAAUCGUCUUUGCCUAUUUUAUCUCAGCAACGGACGGAGGGUACCAUUGACGAUAGUCUACAGGUAUCGAAACAUAUCCCGCCGUCCCCUUCUGAAACUAGUAGCUCGGACUCCGCCUCUGCCUACUUUAAUGAUGAGUUAUCGGAAUCCAAGUUGUUCACCUCGGAGGAGGCACAGAGCAUGUACAUGAGUGCUAUGAGUCAUGGUUCCAACUCGGGAAGUUUUAUGCCCAAUAUACCGGGUGGCUGGGACUCGUCAGAAGCCACCUUGACUCGACAAACUACCUAUCACGGAUACUCAGAUCAUCCCGAUGAGGCAACGACCAGUUCAGAUGACCAGGACAGAACACCUAUAUCCACACCUAGACCUACAGAUCACGAAGGAAAGUCUCCCUUCGGGCAUUCAUUUAUUCCUAAUCAGAAAUCCUCCUCCGAAACGGCCGAUAAGCAGUCCGUCCAGUCAGCAUUUGACGUUGGCGAGAGCACAGAGAUAUCAAAGCGUUUCCUCCAUAUUGAUCGGGUCACGGUAUGGAUACCUUCCACAAAACCGGAAAAGGGGCAUCAAGAACUUUCCGAGUCAAUACAUACCGGGGCCGCGGAAAGCAGCUUUAACGAUGCAAACUCUUCCCUGGAAGCUUCUCGGGUCGGAGAGAAAUCCGUGUCUUUCUCAAUACCUCGUCCCUCGUUACGAGACCGCCAUGACUCAACUGAAUUGCCAUUUGCCGAUACUAACAUGAGGCCCAGCAUCAAACACCAUCCUGAAUCCCUUAGCAGUGCAAACGACGUCUCCAUUGAAAUUUCCUCCGUUGAGAUUCAGUUCGACAUAGCUAUCGGGUGGAUAGCUAUUAGGUUUAGCCAAAGGUUACUCCAGGGCUUUGGCGGGAAUAGGCAAACAAGCCCGAGCGAGAAGCAUCAGAAAAAGGGCAAUCAAGAUGCACAGGCCUUCGGUCUGACACUGGGCAAGUUUUGUGUCAAGUUUGUCGAACAAGUCCCUGGUAACCCUUUUCCACUGGGGAAGCAACAGGAUCCUUCCACCACUUUCCUCGAUUUCUUGCAUGAUGAUGUCCUUCUUCAGUCCACCGCAACGGGCGUGAAGGCGCAUUACUCAUGUUCCAAUGAUAAAACAAGCCUUUCUGCUUCUGUGUCCAAGUUUACCGUUGGAUUCGCAUCCGAAGACUUGAUAUCCUUCAGUGAGGACUUGAAGAUGCGAGAGUCAACAAGAGACGGUCUAUUACCCACCGACAGUGAUAUCCUGCUUUCGUUGAGCAAGUCGCAAGAGUCGGCGAGGUUCACCAUCGGAACGCUUCCCCUGUGCGUCAAGAUAAAUAUCCAGCGACUGGAGGAGUUAGUAGGGCUAUUCGGAGGCUUAAGCACAAUCCUGGAACUUGGUAACUCGAUAUCCUCCGUAUCAGGUAGCAAGGGGUCCAAGAAAGACGUGCCAAAGCGGACUCGUGGCGUUCGCUUUGCAGGAUCCCCUCCAUCACCUAUCAGGACUCCGGCUGCUAGCUCACAAUGGAAGGUGGACGCACGGAUUGGUGGAAUCGCGUUGGACGUGGCAGGAGAGAGCCAUUACCUCACAUUAAGGACUACUGCUGUUAAAACUGUUAGCAGGUCUGAAGGGAUAGGUAUUCAGAUCGACAAGGCGAAACUCAGCGGGCCGUUUUCUCUGCGCGAUAAUGGAGAUGCGCCAGCAAAAGUCAGCCUUGACAAUAUUCGCGUGGAAUUUCUGUACACUCCGAAAGAACCUGAUCUCGAUCGACUGUUAUCGCUGAUUACACCUUCCAAGGAUAAAUAUGAUGAAGAUGAUGACAUUAUGAUAGACACGCUAUUCCGACAGCGGAAGCAGGGGUCAGUUCUUCGCGUCACUGUUGCAGGAGCCAAAAUGGUCGUCUCCAACCCUGAGCUAGGGCCACUCCAGCAACUAGGAGAGGAACUGAGCAGGUUAUCCAGUGUUGCCAAGUACUUGCCUGAGGAUGACCGACCUGGCAUUCUGACUCUAGCGUUGAUUCGGAACGUGGAGGCUCGCUUGCACGUCGGUGGGCAGAUCGGAACUAUCACCGCGAACCUUGAAAAUGCUGAAGCAGCACAUAUCAGUAUUCCGUCGCUUGUGGCCGCUCAGUUUGGGUCGAUAAGAUUGAACAGGAAUGCAGAUGAGGAACUGAUUGGCGAAGCACUACCCCCCAAACCAGACUCGAUCCCCAUUCCGGUUCUGAUGGUUCGCUUCAUUGCCGAUGAGAUGGAUCCCACGAUUCAGGUCAAACUACACAACCUACGCGUCGAAUAUUCAGUCUCGGCUGUGAUGGCAUUCCUUGGCAUGAGUGAUGAAAUGACAUCCGGAGACGUUGCGGCCAACAUGGCGUCUUCGUUGGCUAAUAUUGCGGAUCUGCACCCGCCAUUACAGGAGGCUCUCAAAGAGAGCUCUGCCCUUUCAAGCAAACCUAUAAAGCUGAAAGUAGCUCUCCGAGACUGCGUCCUUGGUCUAAAUCCACGUGGGACAGCCGCCAGAGGGCUUAUUGUUCUGACCAACUCUACUUUCAACGGCGCUAUUCACGACCUCUCGUCUUCGGAAGCCACACUUGAUCUACGUAAAGCGUUCAUCAUGAUCAUCGACGAUGCACGGAAUAUUGAUGCAGGCAGCAAUACCCCUCGGCGAAGAGCAGCAUCUCCGCAUAGUGAACAGAUUCAAGCAUAUAUGGAAAUGGGGUACGUCUCGAUCUCGUCAAUAUCUUCGGCGACAGCUACAGUGAAGAUUAUGCGUCUAAGUGAUGAUGGGGCGAAAUCUCUUGACGUGGAGGUUAGAGACGAUCUGCUAAUCCUUGAGACCUGUGCCGACUCGACACAAACCCUGAUCAGCAUAAUGAGUGGACUCCAACCUCCUGGCCCGCCCACCCAGGUCAAAAAGUAUCGGACUGAAAUUGUGCCAAUUGAAGACAUGCUGAAUUCCUUCAGUGGGGAUGCAUUUGCUACAGAGUCUCCUGUUGACACUUCUACGGGGGUCGUUGACCAGGCUGAAGCCCUUGAUCAGAACCCCGAACGCGAUACUGAUUAUGUUACUGACUUCCAUCCCCUCAUUGCAUCAGAGGAAGAAUCGUCCCAAAUCCCUGACAGCUUCCACUCACAGUACCACGUUUCAUCCAGCAUGUCGGAACUUGAUUUCCGUGAGGAUCAUUUUAUGCAGCAGUCCUCAGUGGGAGGCACAGCCCAUAGAUGGAAUUCUGCACAAAACACGUAUAACCUCUCGGAUGAUUCGAAACUUCAAAACAGCCCAUUGAGAGUAAGGGUUCGUGACGCACAUGUAAUUUGGAAUCUCUUCGAUGGGUACGACUGGCAGCGCACGAGAGACGCGAUAUCGAAGGCUGUCAAGGAUGUGGAGAAGAAAGCCACUGAGCGUCGCGCUAGCGGCAGAGCAACUGCAGCCUUUGAUGACGACGACGAGGCCAUUAUUGGCGACUGCUUGUUUAACUCAGUCUAUAUUGGUAUACCUGCCAAUAGAGAUCCGGCGGAGAUGCGUAAUGACAUCAACCGGAACAUUGAUGACCUCGUCAGUGAAACCGGCAGCUACGCCACUACCAGCACGGUCACCACGGUACGGCGAAACAUGUCGCCCACCGUACGGGGGAAGAAGCUGCGGUUAUCCCGGAGCAAGGACCAUAAGAUGACAUUCGAGCUCAAAGGCAUUUGUGCGGACUUGGUUGUGUUUCCACCGGGCUCAGAAGAAACACUGAGCUCGCUAGACGUCCGGGUCAAGGAAUUGGAAAUCUUCGACCACAUACCGACUUCGACGUGGAGGAAAUUUGCCACUUACAUGAAUGAGGCUGGAGAAAAAGAACUUGGAACCAGUAUGGUGCAUCUCGAGAUCUUGACAGUGCGACCUGUGUCAUAUCUUGCCGCAUCGGAAAUCAUCCUCAAGGCGACCGUACUUCCCCUUCGUCUACACGUAGAUCAAGACGCACUCGAUUUCCUCAGUCGAUUCUUCGAGUUCAGAGACGACUCAGCGACCCCGGUCGGGCCUCCGCAAGAGCCACCGUAUCUGCAGAGAUCGGAGAUCAAUGCCAUCCCCGUCAAGCUCGACUUCAAGCCGAAACGAGUGGACUAUGCAGGUCUUCGGUCCGGUCGCACAACAGAAUUUAUGAACUUUUUUAUCCUAGACGAGGCAGACAUGGUGAUGAGACACGUCAUCGUGUACGGGGCAAAAGGGUUCGACAAGCUCGGCCAGGCGCUCAACGAUGUUUGGAUGCCGGACAUCAAGAACAAUCAGCUUCCAGGUGUUCUUGCCGGUCUAGCCCCCAUCAGGUCUCUCGUUAAUGUGGGCAGCGGUUUCAAGGAUCUCGUGGCAGUUCCUGUGCGGGAAUACCGAAGAGACGGCCGCAUCGUCCGCAGCAUCCAAAAGGGGGCAUUCACAUUCGCCAAAACCACGUCCAAUGAGCUUGUGAAACUGGGCGCCAAGCUCGCAAUUGGGACCCAAACAAUGCUUCAGGGCGCGGAAGAGCUUCUGAGCCCUCCCAAAGGCCAAGCCGCGGCAAGCGAAGAGGACGAGAUUGACGAAGAUGGAGAGACCAAGAAGAUAUCGCUUUAUGCUGAUCAGCCUGUUGGGGUCGUACAGGGGCUGCGAGGAGCCUUCAGGGGAUUGGAGCGCGAUCUCGCCAUGACGCGGGAUGCAAUCAUUGCCGUGCCUGCAGAAGUACAAGAGAGCGGGAGCGCUACGGCUGCCGCGAAAGCGGUUCUGAAACGAGCGCCGACGGUUAUCCUCCGACCAGCGAUAGGCGUCACCAAGGCCGUUGGGCAGACGUUGCUUGGGGCAGGGAACUCGAUGGACCCCAGCAACCGCCGCAAGAUUGAGGAUAAAUACAAACGGCAUUAG